CAAUUGUAAGCUACGCCAUCGCCAACUCCAUUGUGUUUCGUCAAAGCUAAAAGCACUUAGCAGUGGUCCAUUUCUCUGGCAUGGAGAUGCGAAGUCACCACACAACCCACACCGACUGGGCAUUCACGAUAACUUCAAACUUCAAAGCAGUCCUCCAAUUUCUGAUUUCCCUGACUCACCUCAGAUAUGUACACAACCCCCAAGAAGGAUCCUCGCAGUAUCAUGGGGACCGACCGGAGGCCAAACCCUCUACGCUAUGUAAAUCUCAAGGAGUGGGACGAUGGUGCCUACGGUGAUAUAUCAUUCCAAGAAUCCCAACCGGAUACCCUCGAGGAGCCAUGGCCAUAUAGAUUCCAGAGUGGCGACAGCGUGUGGAUUCACUCCACAGGUUAUGACUGGUAUCAAGGGAGAAUUUCUGGCCUGCCCAAGGCUGCCCAGACGAAGAUGGGUGAUGGACUUUUUUGGCCUGUCACCUAUAGUCGUAAUAAGCGCAGAUAUGCAGCACCUCUCAAUGGCGAGUUGAAGCCUGAUACUCCGCCUAUAAGGAAGAUGUUGGAGGAGGCGGGCAUUUUGUAGUGAGGGGCUGGCACCUACUCAAGGACUCAAUGAUUCUACACCGUAUCAGUAGUAUUUAUGUUCUAUUCUAUGUACAUAUAUGAUGACCGGCAUUGCAUUGUGACCUAUUCGUCGACACUGUAGUAUCUUGUUGUUCUUCCCGUUCUCAGCUCAAUUGUAGUCCAUCGUCUCUUGGA